CAGAAAUUCAAGAAAUCAGACGAGUGUCUCAUUAGAUUAUCAGCAGUCAUCAAAACCUGCAAAAGAGCUCUGUUAAAUGAUUGUGGCUUAACAGACAAAAGCUGUCCAGCUCUGGCUACAGUUCUUGGAUCAGAUUCCAAUCUGAAAGAUCUGAACAUGAACAAUAAUAAUCUGCAGGAUUUAGGAGUGAAGCUACUCUGCACUGGACUUAAGGAUAUAAAUUGCAAAUUAGAGAUACUGAGGCUGCAUGGUUGUGGUCUAACAGAGGAAAGCUGUUCAGCUCUGGCUACAGUCCUGAGAUCAAACUCCAGUCUGAAAGAGCUUGACCUGAGCAACAAUAAUCUGCAGGAUUCAGGGGUGAAGAAACUCCAGAAAGGAUUGGAAAAUACAAAUUGCACAUUGGAGAAACUCAGACUUUCAGACUGCAGUAUCACUGAAGAAGGUUAUAAAGCUCUAGGAGAAAACUCGGACAGUGAGCUUUAA